GUGUGGGCAUAUGAAAAGUUACCUAAUUUUGGGGAACAUUUUGGCACACGUGUUGGUAAUCAUGAAGUCCCAAUAUUGAAUUGGUCAUGUCAUGGGAAAUUUCGGGCCUCUACAAUACGGAAUAUUUGCUUUGCUAAUGAGGUGCCUACCCCCCCUUCUUCCGAUAAUGAAGAUGAAGAUGAAGACAAUCUUGAAGUACAAACAAGGGAAAGGGUGCAACAAAUGUGUGUGAACAUUGAAGAAAUCAAAACAAGUCUUCAAAGGCUGGAGAAAAGGGUGGAUGAGCAGCUUGGUGGAGUAAAAGACCUGCUGCUUCAGGUUAUUGAUAAAGUCAACAUUGCUUUAAAGGAAAAGGGGGAUCCAUCUGCCCCAAGUCAUGAUGAAAAAGACACGGAAGUUUGUGCACCACAUGGUGAAGAUCAAAAUAUGUCUACACAUGGUGUUGACAAUGCUGGGACCGUGGGUGAAGGAGAUAAUUCUGUUCCUGUUAUUCCUGAAGAUCAGAAUAUGUUUACUGAGCCUAUUGCAACUGAGGCUGAAGAAGAUAACGCCAACGAUGUUGUUGGUGAACAACAAAAGGGACUACAAACUGAUCCUGUAAUGAAUGUAGUGGCUGAGUUGAAGGAGGGUACUCUUGAAGAAC